CCGCGCCUCCUGCGGCGGGGGGAGCGCGCGGUGCAGGCGGGAGAGGGCGGCCAUGGCGGGGCCCAGCGACCCCGGCGUCCCCGCCGCCCGCUGGAAACGUCACAUCGUGCGGCAGCUUCGACAGCGAGACCGAACGCAAAAGGCCCUCUUCCUGGAGCUGGUGCCGGCCUAUAACCGUCUCAUAGAGAAAGCGGAGCUGCUGGCCCAGUUCUCAGAGAAGCUGCAGCCAGAGCCCACCCAUGUUACUCGGGCUCUCCUCCAGGGCCCCUGGGAGGAGGAGUCAGGGCCUGACUCAGACCGAGUCCCAUCACCAGCAGCUCUGAGGGUGAAGUGGCAAGAGGAGGAGGAGGGUCUCCGGUUGGUGUGUGGAGAGAUGGCCUACCAGGUGGUGGAAAAGAGCGCGGCCCUGGGCACCCUGGAAUCACAGCUGGAGGAGCGGCAAAGCAGGCUGGCAGCUCUGGAGGCCCGCGUAGCGCAGCUGCAGGAGGCGCGGGAGAAGGAGGCGGGACAGGUGGGUGCGCGGCGCGCGCUGAACGCGGCACAGCGGGCGGCCUAUGAGGCGCUGCGCGUGCAUGUCGGGCACCAGGAGGCGGCUCUGCGCAGGCUCGAGGAGGAGGCACGCGACCUGCUGGAUCGGCUGGUGCGGCGCAAGGCGCGCGCCGCAGCCGAGCGCAACCUGCGCAACGAGCGCCGCGAGAGGGCCAAGCAGGCGCGGGUGUCCCAGGAGCUGAAGAAGGCAGCCAAGCGGACAGUGAGCAUAAGCGAGAGUCCAGACACAUUAGGCGAUGGGAUCAGAGAGGAAGCAGACACUCUGGCUCUGGCAGCUGAGCCACUGGAGAGUGAGGAUGGUGAGAAAUGGAAGAGACCCUUCAGGUCUGCCUCCGCCACCUCCCUGACGUUGUCCCGCUGUGUGGAUGUGGUGAAGGGGCUUCUGGAUUUCAAGAAGAGGAGAGGCCACUCAAUUGGGGGAGCCCCUGAGCAGCGAUACCAGAGCAUCCCUGUGUGCGUGGCCGCCCGACUUCCCACCCGAGCUCAGGAUGUGCUGGAUGCCCACCUCUCCGAGGUCAAUGCUGUUCGUUUUGGCCCCAGUAGCAGCCUCCUGGCCACCGGAGGGGCUGACCGCCUCAUCCUCCUCUGGAAUGUCGUGGGAGGGCGCCUGGAGGCCAACCAGACCCUUGAAGGAGCUGGCGGCAGCAUCACCAGUGUGGACUUUGACCCCUCGGGCUCCCAGGUACUGGCAGCUACUUACAAUAAGGCCGCCCAGCUUUGGAAGGUUGGGGAGGCACAGUCCAAGGAGACACUAUCUGGACACACAGACAAGGUGACGGCUGCCAAAUUCAAGCUAACGAGGCAUCAGGCGGUGACCGGGAGCCGGGACCGGACAGUGAAGGAGUGGGACCUCGGCCGAGCCUACUGUUCCAGGACCAUCAAUGUCCUUUCCUACUGUAACGAUGUGGUGUGUGGGGACCAUGUCAUCAUUAGUGGUCACAAUGACCAGAAGAUCCGGUUCUGGGACAGCAGGGGACCCCGCUGCACCCAGGUCAUCCCUGUGCAGGGCCGGGUCACCUCCCUGAGCCUCAGCCACGACCAGCUGCAUCUGCUCAGCUGUUCCCGAGAUGACACGCUCAAGGUCAUCGACCUGCGUGUCAGCAAUAUCCGCCAGGUGUUCAGGGCUGAUGGCUUCAGGUGCGGUUCUGACUGGACCAAAGCUGUGUUCAGCCCAGACAGAAGCUACGCACUGGCAGGUUCCUGGGAUGGAGCCCUUUACAUCUGGGACGUAGACACUGGGAAACUGGAGAGUAGCCUUCGGGGACCCCAUUGCGCUGCCGUCAAUGCCGUGGCCUGGUGCUACUCUGGGAGCCACGUGGUGAGCGUGGACCAGGCCAGGAAGGUUGUGCUCUGGCACUAGUGCCACGACUCUCCUGCCUGAGCUGGAGCUCUAGUCCAAAGCCUGAAGCCGGAGGACAGCUUCCCACUGCCCCAGAGGCUCCAGGGCCAGUAGGGGUGCAGGGAUGGGGGUGGCAUUUAGUGGGUAAGAAGGCCUGGCAGGACCUGGCCUGUUUGUUUGUUUAAAAACAAAGUGUGGGUUGGGGGGGAUUACUGUAUUGUUUUGUUUUUUAUCUCUGUUUCCUCACUUUCUCUGGGAAAAGUGGAAAAAAAUUACAUUUAAACUGGUGUCUGCUUGCCUGUUUGCAGCAUUCAGGGAACAAGGAAGCCUUUGGGUGGAGGCUCAAGGAGACCCAGGCUUGGCUCCCUUUCCUCCUCCCGCACAGAGCUGGGCAGAGCUGGCCCGCCUUCUGUGCUGACAGCUUGAAGAAAGGCCCAGAGGCAGCAAAGGGCAGUGGCUUUUUGAGCAGUAGAAAUUUCACCCUCGGUCUAAGCUGGUCCUGGUCCUUGGGCCCUUCUGUUUCAGGCACCCAGGGUAGACCGAGGCUGAGGAGGGGCCGUGUGAAUUCUGAGGAGGGAGCAGGGGAGACAGCCGAGAGGGGCCCUGUGGAAAGGAUCCUGAAAAACGAGAGUGAUGUCAGGUAUUCGGUACAAGAGGCCUGCCUUUAGACUGGGGCCACGUUCUUGCCCCAGAGGCAGACGCCUUGUGUGUCGGGGAGGACAUCCAUGGGCUGGGCCUGGGCCUCGCUUACAUCAGCAUCAGAUUUAAUCCACACAACAAGCAUCUGGAGUACAUGGCAGACCCAGCAGGGUGGAACCUGGGCACUCCAUUUCCUUCCCCAACCUAGGGUGUGGAGGAGGGUCAGCGGGACGGCCAUUGCCAGUCACCAGGCAUCGAAGGGGACUUCUGUCCCUGAGUGAUAGGGGCUGACCUCUGGGGGUCCGCUCAGUUGAGAUUCAAGGCUUUACUCUAGAACUCUCAGCCUCCUUUAUUACCUUACAGUGUCUCUCCUGAGUCCCAGGGUUUUGGAAACUAUUUCCAGGAUGGGCAGGAGAGAGCUGAGUGAGAGCCAGGACUCUGCAGCUAGACUGUCUGGGUUUGAAUCUCUGCUCUACUAUUGAGUAGCUGAAUGAUUUUGAGCAAGUUACUUAAUGUCUUUGUGCCUUAGUUUCCUCCUGUGUAAAAUGGG